GUUGCUAAUACGAAAACACCUUUACAGCACAUUUCAAAAGCUGAGCUGUGAGUUCUCUGUCUCACUCUCUUCACUCUCAACUUAUAUAUAAACUCAACGUUUUCAUUUCUUGAACUCUUACACUACAAACUCCUCACCCUUAUUCAAUAAGCGUCUUUUUGGCCUCCAGUGAGGAAAUCAAAGCGCGUUGUUAAAGAAGAAUGAGUGAGAAGUUGGUUGUGCAAGAUGGGUAUGUGUUCAAAGAAGAGACCCACCUCACCGUUCUCAAAACCUCUCUUUUCUUCUCCGGUGAUGGCUUCGCUGUUUACGAUUCCAAGGGCCAACUCAUCUUCCGAGUCGACUCGUAUGGACCCCACACCACCGACAAGGACGAUCUCGUUCUCAUGGAUUUCAAUGGCCGUUGUCUUCUCACUCUGCGCCGAAAGCAGUGGCCGAGUCUUCAUCAACGGUGGGAAGGGUUCAAAGGGGAGAGAACGGACGGUGAUAAACCGAUGUUCAGCGUGAAGAGAUCGUCGAUCAUCGGACGGUCACGGACGAGCGUGAUAGUGGAGGUGUACGAUAAACCCGGUGUGGAGUACCUCAUCGAAGGGUGCUUCUCGAAGCGGUGCUGUAAGGUUUUCAACGCCGUGAAGGAAGUAGUGGCUGAGAUUUGUCGAAAAGUGGACCCCACCACAAGCGUUAUGCUUGGGAAAGAAGUGUUCUUGCUUUGCGUUAAGCCUGGUUUUGAUGGGGCCUUUGCCAUGGGAUUGGUCUUGGCACUUGAUCAGAUCAACGGUGAGGAUUACUUUGAUUAUGGAACCACGGAGAUUGCGGUGCACCCUGCUGCAGAAGAUCGACGAUUUGGUUCUUCGGUUCCAUCUUGAGAUUUGUGUUUUUAUCUUUUUUUACUCACUGCUAUUUGGGGCUUGGAUUGUCCCCUUAGAAACGCUAUGCAAUGUUGUACAUGUUAUAUGCAUAGAAGAUAAAGAUGAACUCAUCAUUCCUCUUUUUGAUUUUGCCCUUUUUAUUUCAUCAUU